AUGGAUGAUGGGGAUGCCGUCCUUGUCUGGAAAUGCGGUCCGUCUCAAACAUCUGACGGGUGUCUCAAUAAAACUCAAGAAGAUUCUGACUCGGAUAUACCGUUAAUCGGAGUUUUAAUAGAUGCGUGUUCAUCUUUGACAACAGAACUUGCCGCUGCACGGGCAGAAUGUGACCACAUGAGGGCCAGUGUCCCAAAGGUUGGAAGAUUCAUCACAAUAUAUAUCAUUUCAACACUCGAGGAUAGCAUGAGUCUUAAGGAUUGCGGGCAUACCUUUUGUGUUGCAUGUCUAGCAAAGGCUCUGCGCAUGAACUUCUGUGAUCAUGUGGAACAUCGUCUCGACUCAAAUCGCCCAACUGUCACUGACAAUGCUGUCACUGAGCAUGAGAUUAUGUGCAUUGGAAGAUCCAUUCGGGAUAUGAUGUUUCAUCAGCUUCCUCUGCCAGAGUAUAGAUGCCCCAAGUGCCGCAGCAACAUUUCCUCCAAACCCAUCCCCGCCUUUGUCGUCCAGCAGCUUUUGGAUGAUAUUAGCAAGUUAUCUCAGGAUUUGAUGCCAAGGGUGGCGUGUCGUACCCCACAGGGCAUUGAUCAACUUGCAGGCAACAUUGAUGCUGUGUGGGAUGCAUUCUUUUCGGCAGGACAAGUUCGUUAA